AGUGUGCUGGACUUUGAUUUUGAGAAGCUGUGCUCCAUCUCGCUCUCCCACAUCAACGUCUAUGCCUGUCUCAUCUGUGGGAAAUACUUCCAAGGUAAAGUAUCCAAUACUUCAAGAUUAACAUUGUUACUUGCCUCCCUACCUGAGAAGUGUUCAGAAAUGAUUUGACCUAAACUAAUGUGUGUGUGUGUCUCAGUGUGCAGCUCACCCACCAUGUGUUCCUCAAUCUGCACACACUCAAGUUCUACUGUCUGCCAGAUAACUAUGAGAUCAUUGACUCAUCCUGGAAGACAUCACGUUGAGUCCACAUAGAUGGGUUUGCACACAUUAACCCUGUAAUAAGAAAUACCAUAUCAAUCAAAUGUAUUUAUUAAGCCCUUUUUACAUCGGCAUAUGUCACAAAGUGCUAUACAGAAAGUCCUGAGGCAUGGUCCUCCGGGAGGGGAGAGAGAGAGAGAGAGAGAGAAUUAGAGGGAGCAUACUUAAAUCCACACAGGACACCAGAUAAGACAGGAGAAUUUUCACCAGAUAUACAGUGAGGGAAAAAAGUAUUUGAUCCCCUGCUGAUUUUGUACGUUUGCCCACUGACAAAGAAAUGAUCAGUCUAUAAUUUUUAUGGUAGGUUUAUUUGAACAAUGAGAGACAGAAUAACAACAAAAAAAUCCAGAAAAACGCAUGUAAAAAAUGUUAUAAAUUGAUUUGCAUUUUAAUGAGGGAAAUAAGUAUUUGACCCCCUCUCAAUCAGAAAGAUUUCUGGCUCCCAUGUGUCUUUUAUACAGGUAACGAGCUGAGAUUAGGAGCACACUCUUAAAGGGAGUGCUCCUAAUCUCAGUUUGUUACCUGUAUAAAAGACACCUGUCCACAGAAGCAAUCAAUCAAUCAGAUUCCAAACUCUCCACCAUGGGCAAGACCAAAGAGCUCUCCAAGGAUGUCAGGGACAAGAUUGUAGACCUACACAAUAGUAAUAAUAAUAAUAUGCCAUUUAGCAGACGCUUUUAUCCAAAGCGACUUACAGUCAUGCGUGCAUACAUUUUUUGUGUAUGGGUGGUCCCGGGGAUCGAACCCACUACCUUGGCGUUACAAGCGCCGUGCUCUACCAGCUGAGCUACAGAGGACCACGCAAGGCUGGAAUGUGCUACAAGACCAUCGCCAAGCAGCUUGGUGAGAAUGUGACAACAGUUGGUGCGAUUAUUCGCAAAUGGAAGAAACACAAAAUAACUGUCAAUAUCCUUCGGCCUGGGGCUCCAUGCAAGAUCUCACCUCGUGGAGUUGCAAUGAUCAUGAGAACGUUGAGGAAUCAGCCCAGAACUACACGGGAGGAUCUUGUUAAUGAUCUCAAGGCAGCUGGGACCAUAGUCACCAAGAAAACAAUUGGUAACACACUACGCCGCGAAGGACUGAAAUCCUGCAGCGCCCGCAAGGUCCCCCUGCUCAAGAAAGCACAUAUACAGGGCAGUCUGAAGUUUGCCAAUGAACAUUGAAUGAUUCAGAGGAGAACUGGGUGAAAGUGUUGUGGUCAGAUGAGACCAAAAUGGAGCUCUUUGGCAUCAACUCAACUCGCCGUGUUUGGAGGAGGAGGAAUGCUGCCUAUGACCCCAAGAACACCAUCCCCACCGUCAAACAUGGAGGUGGAAACAUUAUGCUUUGGGGGUGUUUUUCUGCUAAGGGGACAGGACAACUUCACCGCAUCAAAGGGACGAUGGACGGGGCCAUGUACCGUGAAAUCUUGGGUGAGAACCUCCUUCCCUCAGCCAGGGCAUUGAAAAUGGGUCGUGGAUGGGUAUUCCAGCGUGACAUUGACCCAAAACACACGGCCAAGGCAACAAAGGAGUGGCUCAAGAAGAAGCACAUUAAGGUCCUGGAGUGGCCUAGCCAGUCUCCAGACCUUAAUCCCAUAGAAAAUCUGUGGAGGGAGCUGAAGGUUCGAGUUGCCAAACGUCAGCCUCAACCUUAAUGACUUGGAGAAGAUCUGCAAAGAGGAGUGGAACAAAAUCCCUCCUGAGAUGUGUGCAAACCUGGUGGCCAACUACAAGAAACGUCUGACCUCUGUGAUUGCCAACAAGGGUUUUGCCACCAAGUACUAAGUAAUGUUUUACAGAGGGGUCAAAUACUUAUUUCCCUCAUUAAAAUGCAAAUCAAUUUAUAACAUUUUUUACAUGCGUUUUUCUGGAUUUUUUUGUUGUUAUUCUGUCUCUCAUUGUUCAAAUAAACCUACCAUAAAAAUUAUAGACUGAUCAUUUCUUUGUCAGUGGGCAAACGUACAAAAUCAGCAGGGGAUCAAAUACUUUUUUCCCUCAAUGUAACAGACUGACCCUAGCCCCCCGGCACAUAGACUAUUGCUGCAUAGAUACUGGAGGCUGAGAUGGGGUGUCGGGAGACACUGUGGCCCUGUCCGACGAUACACCCGGACAGGUGCAUCGUCAACCAGGCAAGAUAUAACCCCAACCACUUUGUCAAAUCACAGCCCCCAGACCACCAGAGGGAUAUCAACAGACCACCAACCUACUACCCAGACACAAGGCUGAGUAUAGCCCACGAAGAUCUCCUCCACUGCACAAGCAGUGGAGGAAGUGUCAGAUGCAUUCAUUCAAACAUGCACUGAUUAAAUGGUGCUAAACCAAUAGUUCUGAAUUAUAAGGUAUAACUGUUAUUGUUCAGCCAUGGUUUGUGCAAUAAUGGAGGUGGUCAUAUAUUUUUGUUCUUUGUGUUUAGUAUGUACUGAAGCCCACGUUCACCAGACAGAACAUUUCUGGAUUGGACAAGCAGGGCAAGCUGUAUGAGUGCCUGGCAUAG